CGCGCAUUCCGACCAAUCCCAAAGCACCGUUUUUAAAAGCUGGUCUGCCUGCUGUGCUUUUAUAUUGCAGUAAGGCCUGGUUCUGAGCAUUUUACUACCACGGUUAUUGCCACAAAUCAAGAGGGCAAAGUGAACGGCAUGGGACUCACACCAAUCUUAACGAAAGUGGGUCCGAUUCCUGCGUCUGAGACUGCACAUGCAGAUGAUACAGCGGGCGACAUGGGGGAAGAGUUUUGUAGGUAAAUCGUAAACGUUAAAGGUUGGUUGAUUUGCCAAGCCCUCAACCAAACUUGCAACAAAACAUGACAAGCCUGUCGCGGUUUAGUGGCUGCCCUCUUUCUUGCGUCAACCCUGGGGAGAGCAAUACUGAACCCAGCGUGGUGCUGCCACCUUUGGCAGAGGAGCACAUGGGGCACCCCACUGGCAGUUCCUUAAAACUCUGCCCCUCGCAAAAUGUGCUAGACUACCACGAGACGAGGGCUAGUACAUAUUUUGACCACUCGGUUACACAUUUUCCAGACACUGGAUACACCAGUCAUCGCUUAGAACCCAGUCCUAGGGGCAUUAUCAUUGGGACAAAUCUGUCAGCAGCAGGCAUGCCACCAGUAACUGAUCAGCUGGCUCCGAGACCUAACCAACAUGGCAAUAUUGGAAGGUACCGUGACCUCCACAGCUAUAGGGAUGGCAGGAGCCAUGCAUUCUUCACCACCUAUCAAGAGCAGGCCCAUGGCUCUUCAGACACAACCCGAGACCUUAGCAGCCAAAUGAUGUUGGGUCUUCCAGGAGAUCUUCUCUCACAAACGCACCCCUAUGGGCAGUCGGUCAAUGGCCCCAGGGCCAACAGCCAGCAGCUAGUCACUCAGUUUUUGGAGUUCUAUAAGCCUCUGAAUAUGGCCAUGCAACGAGGAGGGGGUGACGCCUUCCUCAGGUGCUCUAGGCAGAACCCAAAGCACGAGCUGGUGUGCAAGUGGAGUGACGGCCAAGAAGGCACUGGCAAGCCGCCCUGCGCCAGGAGUUUUGGGACCAUGUAUGAACUCGUCACCCAUGUGACGGUUGAGCAUGUCGGAGGACCGGAGCACUCCGACUACGUUUGUCACUGGGAGAACUGUUCAAGAGACAGAAAGCCUUUCAAAGCCAAAUACAAGCUCGUCAACCACGUCAGAGUGCACACUGGAGAAAAGCCCUUUCCCUGCCCUUUUCAUGGAUGUGAAAAAGUUUUUGCCAGAUCCGAGAACCUCAAGAUACACAAGAGAACGCAUACAGGUGAGAAACCGUUUAAAUGUGAGUUUGAGGGCUGCAAUCGGAGAUUUGCAAACAGCAGUGACCGGAAGAAGCAUUCUCACGUUCACUCCAGCGAUAAACCCUACACGUGCAAGGUCAGAGGAUGUGAAAAAUGUUACACGCAUCCCAGCUCAUUGCGCAAACACAUGAAACUCCACUGCAAGGCCUACAUUGCAAAAAUCGACGAAGACGACGAGCACCUUGUAGAGGCCAGGUCUCCUGAGGUAGCGGAACAGCAAGACUCGCCCGCCUCUACCACCGUGACGCGAACGAUGACGACCCAAUCCCUGUCUCCAGAGACACGAAAUGAGUCGACUAUGAGCUCACGUUUCCAUCACACCUUUGAAAACAGAUUGGACUAUAUGGCGCACAGGCCACAGUCCCUUUCGGACCCUCUGUUGCUACAACGGGGCAGCUACAGACCAGAGACUGUACAAUACUCGUGCAGCCAACCAAGUCAUUCGUUCACACCUAGUCAUAGACCUUUUGCGUCCAACUCACCUUUUCAAAAAAGUCUGGUAAAUGGCUGGUACACAUGUCAUAGCGCAGUGGACACAUUUUCACCCAAACACUGUAACAGUGAUUUAUAAUGUCUGUAACUCGGACUUCUGCGUGUUAAAGCAUUUACGGAUGACAGCUGAAGGACUCCUGUUCAUGUAGCCUAAUAUUGUCCUGCAGGCUUUCUAAGUGCAAUUUGUUAUUGUGAGCUUUAUCUGUUGUACCUCAUUAUCUUGUAUUGAUGAGACGUCGGUGACUAUUCCUAAACUGUGAAUAGCUUACCAAAUACCUUGCCAAAAUAUCUAGCAAAAAAGUUAAAGACAAGUUGCCAAAUUAGCCUAUAAUUCAUAUAUAGAUAUAUAAAAUAUAUACAAACAAGAUGCACAGAUGGAGUAGAAUAUAAAGGUCGAAAUAAUAAAGUAUGUUUUUUCUGCACUGGAAGUAAAUGGCGUAUUAUUUUGAUGUUCUGUAGAGGCAGAGCCUCCGUUUGCCUAUAUGUCUUGAAAAGUGAUAAUACUUUUUUUUUAAUUACAACAUGGAUAUUACAUGCAUUUUCUGUCACAGCUUAAAUGUAGUUCAAAGGUUAUUCGAAAUAAAAAUAUCGUUUGUCUGGAUGUGUGUGAAGGUGAAGCCAUUAUUGGACAACGCCUGAGAAAAAUUAUUUUAAGAUUUUCACGCUACAUCAUCAGUGAGUGCAUUUUAUACCUUAAUACUUCUGUGGCGAUUAUUACAGACAUCAGCCACCUUCAUGAGAAUUAAAGUGUGCAAUUAAGAUUCUACUGUAUAGCCUACACUGUACAGUUAAUUAUACAUUCGAAGUUUCAUUAAAGUAUCUCUAUUCACUUU